CUGUUAAGUAGCUAAUUGGGUAGACUGCAGAACACAGAGAACACCAUUCAACAGAAAUGCAGUGGCUGGUGUGCCAACAGUGUGAUGCAUUCAACUCCCACUGAACACAGAAAACAGUGGAGGCUGAGUCAUUGAAUAUAUUCCAGAGUGAAUUGGACAUACGUCAAACAAUAAAGGAGGCAACAGUUACAACAGCAAGGGUCAGAAUAUACUCUGAUUACAAUACUGAUCCAUCGGAGAAAAAGCACUUCAAGGUAUGAGUCUUGGCUCAGUAGCAGCACUCCUCUGGAUCAAAUGACCUUGAGUUCAAGUUUCGCUCGAAAUUUGAUCAGAAAAACCUAGUCUGGCAUUCCAGGGCAAUCCUAGAGACUCCUGCAUCCUCCAACACAGGAAACAAGAAUGAACAGCAGCCUUUGCAAUUCCUCCAAUGUGAACAUCACCCUCUCCAACACAUCACCACAAGACAAGUGUCCACGGGAUUACCAUGUCACCAGGGUGGUGUUUCCUACCCUUUACAGUAUCCUCUUCGUCUUCGGCAUCAUUCUCAAUAUCCUGUCAAUCAAAAUAUUUUCAAAAAUCCCCAGCAACUCGACUUUCACGGUGCUCCUGAAAAAUAUCGUCGCUGCUGAUUUGUUUAUGACCUUGACAUUCCCUUUUAAAAUACUCCGUGACACCCAACUGGCACCCUGGCAGGUGAGGUGGUUUGUGUGCCGCUACUCAGCAGUGGUUUUCUACUUCACCAUGUACAUCAGCAUUAUACUUCUGGGGCUGAUCAGCUUCGAUCGUUUCCUCAAAAUCACCAGACCCUACGGCAAGUCAUGCAUACGAGAGCCUAGAUUCAGCAAAUUUCUGUCUGUGGCAGUUUGGGUCAUCAUGUUUCUUCUGUCUCUUCCCAACAUCAUUCUGACAAACAAACGAGCCACACCAGAAUCGGUGACAAAAUGCAUGAAACUGAAGGGACCAGCUGGGUUGAUGUGGCAUACCAUAUUGAAUUAUAUCUGUCAGUUCAUCUUCUGGGCAGUGUGCAUACUGAUGGUUGUGCUUUACGCUGUAAUAUCUAAGAAGGUCUACGAGUCUUAUAAGAAGUCCAAAAGCAAAGGCAGUCAAGCUCAGAGACAGACCAAGGUCAAAGUAUUUGUCAUUGUGUCAGUCUUCUUCAUCUGCUUUGUGCCAUUUCAUUCCACGAGGGUGCCCUACACACUCAGCCAAGUUGGCAAAGUGAGAGAAUGCUGGAAGCAGAACAUGCUGUAUUAUAUAAAGGAGACAGCACUUUGGCUGUGUGCUUCAAACACCUGUCUGGAUCCACUUAUUUACAUCUUUUUGUGCAAGGCAUUCAGGCGGAGGUUAGGCAAGCCUACCCGAGACACAUCAUACAGUGUGACAAAUGACAAUGAAGUUCCAGAGAGUAGUUUUUAUAGAAUGACAAAUGACAAUCAAGUUACAGAGAGUACUUUAUAAAAUGGAUUUCUUAUCUUCCUAUACGAAAUUAAGUAACUCAGUAUGUUGAAUGCUUCAGAUUCAAUGGAUCUUAACUGUUGUAUUUCUUCGCUAAAGAAAAAGUCUCACUUUUUUGGACUGUGAGCUAAUGAUGACUAUUACGAAUAAUUGUGGUUAUUCUUAAUGACAGAUCUUAAUUUUUGAUACUUGCCAGCAAAAUA